AUGGAGAACAGCAGCAAGUUCGACAGCCCCACAAACAUCUCCCUGGCCAGCAGCGACGCUGUCUUCGACGUGAUCGAAUACAAAGCCAUCUCGGUCUUCCUGGUGCUGGUGAUCUGCGGGGUGGGGAUUGUGGGCAACAUCAUGGUGGUGCUGGUGGUCCUCACCACCCGGGAGAUGAAGACGCCCACCAACUGCUACCUGGUUAGCCUGGCAGUGGCCGAUCUGAUGGUCCUGGUGGCUGCUGGCUUGCCCAACAUCUCGGACAGCCUGGCGGGGAUGUGGAUCUAUGGGCAUGCUGGCUGCCUUGGGAUAACCUACUUCCAGUAUCUGGGCAUCAACGUCUCCUCCUGCUCCAUCACGGCCUUCACCGUGGAGAGGUACAUCGCCAUUUGCCACCCAAUGCGCGCCCACACCAUGUGCACGGUAUCCCGGGCCAAGCGCAUCAUUGCCUUCGUUUGGAUCUGCACCUCCAUCUACUGCAUGCUCUGGUUCUUCCUGGUGGACAUCAAUGUCAACAAGAGCCAGCACCUGGAGUGUGGCUACAAAGUCUCCCGCAACCUCUACCUGCCCAUCUACCUGCUCGACUUUGCCCUCUUCUUUGUCACCCCCUUGUUUGUGGCCACCAUGCUGUACGGGCUGAUCGGGAGAAUCCUCUUCGCCAGCCCCAUCCCCGACCAAGCUGAGGCCACUGCUGAGCCCUGGAGAGAGAGGAGCGGGAAGGAGAAGAACGGAGUGGACACACGGGAGAGCAAGCCCAGCAGCCGCUCCAGGACCAGAGGGGCUCUGUCCUCCCGGAAGCAGGUCACCAAGAUGCUGGCGGUGGUGGUGAUCCUUUUCGCCCUGCUCUGGAUGCCCUACCGGACGCUGGUGCUGGUGAACUCCUUCAUGGACAACCCCUUCCUGAACCCAUGGUUCGUCCUCUUCUGCCGGCUCUGCGUCUACGCCAACAGCGCCAUCAACCCCGUCGUCUACAACCUCAUGUCCCAGAAGUUCCGGGCCGCCUUCAAGCGGCUGUGCAAGUGCGGGGGGGAGCCGCCGCCCCGCAGCCUGUACAUGGCCACGGCCAGCUACAGCCUGGCGAGGGAGCCCCUACCGCCCACCUCCCAGCCCCUGGACCACAAGGAAGGUAAACAGCCCCCAACAGCGAGCAGCAUGGCUCUCCCUAAGCGACAGCAGCCACCACCACGGAGCAAGGCAGACAACGGGGACGAGCUGUACUUCAGUGUGGUGUAGACCUCUCCCUCCCCAGCUCCAUGGCUCCCCCGUCUCCGUAUAUAGACGCGCCCCAUGAACAGGGGAGGCUGGUUGGGGGACGCUGGGCUCAAAAUCCAGAUCCGAUCUGCAUUGAUGUCCAGCGCUGGCUCUCACAGAGCACAUGUGGGUGAGGGAAAGUCCAGGGCGCACAGAGACUGAGGGGGCCAGCACUGAGGUGAUCCAGGGGGAAUCAAACCAGCCCCCACUUUGUGCCUAGACACUCUGACGUGGCUUGGUUCCCACCCCUGCAGCCUGGUGGUGAGGCAGCCAGCCCCAGGCAGGGAUCACAGAUCUCGAAAUAGACGCUCUUGUUUUCCCGAGGGUUUGCCAGCACCUCUAGGCUGUGGCACUGUCAGAAGAGCUAUACAAAUUUGAGAGCCACUGCGUCUCUGAGCUCAUCAGUUGGGCUUGGUUCCUGUGUCCAGCCUUGGAGGAAGCCCUGACACUGGAUGGGGAAAAAAAAUCCACACAACGCCACAGACAGCAGGCGGUUAAACUGGCAGCGGUGCGCCAGAGGCGGUAGAUGAGGAAUUUCUGUUCUCCCUGUCUCAUAAUACAGAAACAAGGAGACACCCAAUGAAACUGAAAGGUGGGAAAUUCAAAACGGAUAAAAGGAAAUCCCCUUUCUCACAGUGACUGUGGAACUCACCGCCACAUGAAGUCAUUAAGGUGAAGAACUUAAGAUUCAAAAAGAGACAGGUUUCAGAGUAGCAGCCGUGUUAGUCUGUAUCCGCAAAAAGAACAGGAGUACUUGUGGCACCUUAGAGACUAACAAAUUUAUUAGAGCAUAAGCUUUCGUGGACUACAGCCCACUUCAUCGGAUGCAGACUGGCUAUGGAUAACAUCACAAGGCAGCAAACAGCCCAGUCCCCUACCAACUAGGGCUCUGCUCACCAGAUAAUGUGUCGCAGCCAACAUCAACGCCCCCCGCAAGGCAGCUGCAGGUUUCACGGGGCCUCAUAGGAGAUCAUUGAGCAUUGCACAGAAAUAAAUACAAAGAGAGAGGGGCGCUUGCUAUUUAACCCUUUGAAUGCUGGCAUUUUCCAGAUCAAUGAGUGCACUAGAGAAUCAUCUCCACUGGCUCGUAAAUGAUGGCAAAACCACCAGAAGGAGAAUCUCCUGCCCCAGAGAUCUAAGGUCUAAGAGAUCUAAGGACCAAAGGUUGCCGACUCGGGCAGCGUUGGCUUGGUGGCCCGUUUGUUCUUAGCCGGGGUUACCGGCAGUCCCGGGGAGCUAAGUGCUGCUUGCAGAGCUGUACCUCCCUCCUCGGACCGGAGGUGAGAACUGGGGAGAGACGAGGGCAGCUAAUGCUGGGACCGGAGUUUAAGUUGUCCUGGGCCCGCGAGUGGGGAAGGAAGGGGAGCUAGACUAGAUAGACUUUACCCCCACAUACAUACUGCCUGCCUGUAUUAUUGAUCUGGUUUUACUAGACAUGGGCUGCAGCCACAAAUUUUGAAUCUGGAUGCAAAGAUCGGGCGUAUUUGGAUCCAGAGUUCUGGUUCAGCCCAUUAUAAACAGGGGGCCACUUUCAAAAUCGGGAACCAGCCCCCAUCUCAAACCCCUGCAGAAUUCCUAGAUGCUCUGGUCCUGGCCUAGCUCCAGAUUUAUUUCUGACCAAAGCACGGGCCUGCGAGCAGGAUGUGCUGUGCCCUCUGUAGCAUGAAUACAGAGCCCCGGACUGCCCCACCCAGGGGCUGAGGUUUGUAUCCACGUGAGUCUGUAUAGCUCAGCAUAAACCCAGGUAGCUGUUGUUUUAAUUCACGCCUGGAUUUGCAGAACCUGUGGCCCUUUGUAUUUCAAGCCUUUGUGUUUAUGGGUAUUUGUAUUUCUGUUUUUCACCGGCUUGCUCGGCCCCCCGAGAAGCCAUUGUAGGGGUGAGUAUAACCCGAGGCCUGGUCUCCGCUGGCUAGUUGCAGAUCCCAGUUUACUUCAGUCUACAACUUCCUGCUGUGGGGCUCCCUCCCCUUCGCGCUGAACAGCAGAGAAUUGCUCCAUGUGGGGGCUGGGCUGGGGCGACGUAGCCCUGAGCUGGGUUCCGGCGCGGGAGGUGUCCUGAAUAAAUAACACUACGGCUGCACUAGCUGGGUGGGGGGAAAUGCUGGAAGGUAGCUAGAUCUUGGGUUUCAACCCCAGCCGUGGCUCCGGGGGGCUAAGAAACCUGGGCAAAGCAAGCACAG